GUGGUGUUGUGGUAGUGGUGGUGGUCGUGAGGUGGUAGUUAGGUGGUGGAGUUGGGAAGGUGGUGGUGGUGGUAGUGGUGGAGUGGUAGAUGCUGGCUUGGUGGGUUCGUGGUGGUGGAGUUGGUGAGUUGUUGCUGGCGAGUUGCUGAGUUGUUGCUGGCGAGUUGUUGUUGCUGGCGAAUUGUUGUUGCUGGCGAAUUGUUGUUGCUGCAAUGGGCCGACGCACGGGCCGGCCCCCGGGCCGCACGCCCGUGUACGCGAGCGAGGCGGAGCGGCGCGCUGCGCGCACGCGGCGCGACGCGGAGCGCAAGAGACGCAGCGUCCACGUGGGUCGCCACAAGGAGCGGUGGGACGCAGCCAAGCGGCGCACCGGCACCGCUCGGGACGAGGACUUCGCCGGGCAGCUGCUGGCUCUGCUCGACCGGGCAGCUGUGGGUGCAGAGGCAGCUGAUGGUGGUGCUGGUGGUGAUGGUGGUGAUGGUGCAGCAGUAGCAGCGGUGACUGCGGUGGGAGAUGACGAAGCAGCAGGAGGUGGUGAUGGUGGUGGUGGUGGAGGAGAUGAUGGAGAUGCCAUAACUGCGGCUGCUGCGUCUGUUGCGAAUACCUUGAGCGUGAAGCCAGACAGAUUAUCGAAGAACAAAGCAAGUCAAACUCGCAUUAAGAGUGAAUCUUCUGCUGAAAAACUGCGUGAAAGUGGCAGGACCAGAAAGCAGAACGGAUCGGACAUCAGGCCAGUUUUUAAAGAAGAACAUGAUUGGCAAAAAGUUGCGGGGGGGAAGCCAGGGUCAUCUCGCUCCACUAGAAGGGAGUGCGCCACAAGUAAAAAUUACAAGGAAGAUGAUGACAGCGGUGACGAGAGCGAAGAAGCGGAAGGGGACGAAGUCGCCGAAGAACACGAGGAUGAACACGAGGCAGUAGCAGCAGCAGCAGCAGCGGAAAAAGAGAACCAAUCGAAGCAUUCGGCGGAGGAAGACGUGGCGGCAGAUGAAGGCAAGAGCAGCGGUAGUGGCAGCAGCAGCAACAGCAGCAGCAGCAGCAGCAACCGAGACGAUGAAGAGGCAGAGGAUAAUGACGUAGAAGACGACGAUGGCAGGGAGGCGGAUGGGACGGCCAAUGCGGCCGCCGUCGUGAAGGACACGCGGCGGGACGCGUACGACUUUGGCGGCAGCGACGACAACGCCGAGGAGGAAGUCGGAGCGUGUGGCGAGUGUGGGAGCGGCAGUUCCGUUGAAUCGGAUUCUGAUUAUGACAAGGAAGGCAAGAAGCCGGGGCAGAACACCCCUGCAAAAACACGGAAAGGUGCCAAGGACAUUGGAGAUGAUAACAAACCAAAGAAAAGGAAGUAUCAGAAGAAAGACCCAAUGGAGCCUACGACCCGUAAAGUAAGGAGGAAAACCAAGCAGAUGGACGCUGAUGGGCUACCUGUCCUCUACCACUGCACGCAGCUUGGCUGCGAGAAAGUCUACCGGGUCAAGGAGUACCUAACAAACCACGUGAAGGCUGUGCACGGUGACCGCAAGCUCGUGUGCGGCAUGCAGGGCUGCGGCAAGCGCUUUGUUCUGCCUCGCCACCUCAAGAAGCACCAGCUUCUCCACUCGGACGAGAGGAAUUUUGUCUGUGAGACGUGUGGAGCUUCUUUUAAAUCCAAGAAGAACCUACUCAUUCAUCUGAGGAUCCACACGGGAGAAAAGCCCCUGCAGUGCGAGCUGUGCGGGUACCGCUGUCGGCAGAAGGCGUCGCUCAACUGGCACAUGCGCAAACACAACAUCGAGCUGAGCUUCUCCUUCGCGUGCGACCUCUGCGGCAAGCGCUUCGAGAAGAGCGACAACCUCCGAUGCCACCAGCUCAAAAGUCACCCUGACCGGGAGCCGGGCAACCCGUACCCCGAGGCGGCGCCGGUGCAGCCACACGCUUGCUGACGGGACUUUGCGCCGUCUUGCAUUUCGAACAAGUAAGAUGCGCAAGCUGGCCGAGGACGAAUUCAGCUUUUGGCACCCAGCAAACUCUGGAUCCGCCAACAACGACAUCCGGUGGGAUGGUAUAGGAGCAAGUUGUGGACUCGACGUACACCACAUAGACUUCUUACUAAUACGUUUCUGUAAAACCAAUUGAUGUCUCUUUGUGUAUGUGUAGAGAAGUUCCGACAGACGUACUCGAAGACGGAGGUAAGUUAAGGGCUUUCGCCAGGGUUUAUUAAAGCUUAUCAAUAUUACACAGCAGGGUACACAACUCCCAGGGGCUAGGGGGGUCCUACUCUGAGUCCGGGUCCCUGCCGGCUAGCUCCGGUCUCUCUCUCGUGUCAGAUCGUGAACUCUGCCGACUCCACCGAGCGGAGAGAGAAGCACCUCUAUGGCUACCACCGGCUUCUCCCCAGACUCACUACUCGUUCCCUCUCUCUACCCCUGGUUCCCUCUUCACCCUUCUUACUCUACCCGUUCCCACGGUGACCCCGCUUACGUCACGGGGUCUCCCUUAAGUACCCUAGGAGACGUGACGUCAUCACACUGAACGACACACCUGACGUCACGUCCCCAUUUUACUCCUCUACAUAUGUACACGAGUGUAUAUGGGGGCAGCAGUAUUUACAGUGGUUUAGUGCACUGAGCUAUGAACCAGGCAAUCGGACUCCCGGCCACAGCUGACAUCAGUAGCAAGCAAUAUCAGAACUUGUUUUGGGCCACCCUUUAAUCAAUCUGAGCGUCAAUCGAGUACUUACUGAGGUAUGUAAACAUCAGAUUUUUUUUUUCAAAAUCUGAAUAUCUCGACUGGAAGAAUCUGAUGAGCUAUGAAGCUCUUUGUUUUACUUACGUCCAGUAGGGGCGGGUCAGAUGUUACAACAAUAAACAAUACAAAAACACGAUAGAAGUGCAAAGUGUAGAUAAGGUAAGCAAAUCACGAAUGUUAGGCCACACCAGCACUUGGCUCAGAAGUACAGUGAGGGAAAAAAGUAUUUGAUCCCCUGCUGAUUUUGUACGUUUGCCCACUGACAAAGAAAUGAUCAGUCUAUAAUUUUAAUGGUAGGUUUAUUUGAACAGUGAGAAAGAGAAUAACAACAAAAAAGUCCGGAAAAACGCAUGUCAAAAAUGUUAUACAUUGAUUUGCAUGUUAAUGAGGGAAAUAAGUAUUCAAAUAAACCUACCAUUAAAAUUAUAGUCUGAUCAUUUCUUUGUCAGUGGGCAAAUGUACAAAAUCAGCAGGGGAUAAAAUACUUUUUCCCGCACUGUAAGCUAUAAUGCAGGAUCUUUGACUUUAUUUGUACGUGCGUUUGCAUGUCUGUAAUGUACAUAUUUUUAUGUGUCAACUCAAGCAUGAAUUGUCACAAGUUGGAGUUGCAGUGCAUUUCAUUCUUACUGUUAUUUAUAUUGUUUCUCAUUUUUUGAUGCAUUAUUUGUACAGUUUUUGUCACCUCCAAUUUCACGCAAUUUUCAUGAACCAUAAAUAAGCAACUCUCGCCAACACAAUGGAAAACAUUUAUUUCAAAUAUCAGUUUAAAUCGAUUACUCGGUGUGUACAGUAUUUACAUGCCUAGUUACAUAGGCGGUGUGUCUGAUACUUGAAAAUUGUGAUCAAGCGCAUCGUCGAGUGAUAUUACUACGUCCCCCCAGUGUACUGCUUUUGCUGUUUUAUAAUUUACCAAUUCAUUAUCAUUGUGCUAUCAGCUUUAACAAGAGAUGGGCAUUUCAAUAGGCUGCUGUGUAACUACACUAACACAAUACUGUUUAUAUACACUACAGUGUUCAUCACAUGCCAGUCCAGUUUUGUUUAAUUCUCAAGAGCUGAAUUUAACAAAAUUAAAGGAACAAUGUAAUACAAUGUUUUUUGUGCAGUCAUUGGUAACCGAUCUGAGACCAUCAACUCAUGACCACUGGCGGAGCCAGUGGGGGGUGGGGUGGCACGUGCCCCCCCAAUGAUCCGAUCGAAAUCCCCAAUGUCGAUCGGAUCAUUGGGGUUUAUUAGUAAUAAAUCGGCAUUUUGCGACCCCCACUGCCACUGUGAAGCAUAUUAUUACGUGCCAGGAACUCUAUGAGAUGAUAGGACAAUAGUCUUGAGUCCGUAAUUGUCAAUAAGUAAUGGCAAAGCAGUUAGAAGUAGCUCACAGAAUUGUGCGCAGUUGCGUAUACGGCACACGACUUCCCUGAAGGCAUUCACCUUCAGCAACGCGAUGCCGAUCACACAACACGGUUCGAAUUCGACCCUCGAUCGAUGGCUGCGCCAUCGCCGCACACGCGUCGAAUAAAAAACAAGGGGCAAGUCCUUACUUGCUAACAACUCCUCUAUCAUUUUUCAUUGCUGGAUGGGUUGCCCUCCCGACCUGAAAAUUCUGACUCCGCCAUUGCUCAUGACUCCGCCAUUGCUCAUGACAGUAAAAGCCAGGUUGAGAUCACGGGUAGCUGAAACUCAUUCAAAAACAGGAUCUUAGUGGUGCCCAUGUCAUGGUCUUCCUGUACAGCAUUCAUUUUAAAACACAGUACCAUCAUUGCAGUGGCAUCACUAUAACACAGUGACUGAGGGCCUGACCAAGAAUUUCAAGGUGUAUCUUAAUUAAGUCACUCUACAUACCGCACCCCUCCCCCCUCAUUUAUAAUCAUGAGCUGAUAAAUUUUUCUAUUUAUUAUUUACUGCAAUAUCCACCCGUCCUUGGACGGGCAAAAAAAGCUAGUUGUGUAUAGUUAAGUAUACAGACAUGUUUUGUGUACAUAAAAAGAAAUGUGUAUAGAAUGUAUGUGUGCGGAUUUCAUUUUGUCGUAUUCGAGUGCAGAAUAUGUACAGCUUCGAUUGUUGUGCAUGUUUUGCAUUUUAGUGCCGAUUUGUCUGUAAAAUGUUGAUUGUGGUCAGCCUCUUCUGAAAUAAUGGUUCAUUCUCAGUAGCUGGUGGGAACGGUUGCAUUUGCCAACUUAAAUGGAAGUUCUAGAUUUGAAGUUUUCGUGACUGCAAGGAUCCAUACUCUUUGGUUCUUUCGGUAAAGUCACGUCGAUGAAAAAUAAAAAUAGGUGUCGCCCAGAAUCUCAAGCGGUGGGAAGAACAAAGUACAACCUGCUAAGUGUGACACGUAUAGGUACUUGGGAGUCCUAGCUGUUUAAAUUGGGAAUACAACAUUAAUAUUUAUAAACGUAUACCUUAUGUCAUCAUGAUUACCACAUUGAUGUAGAAGUACACAGAUAAAGGCACUAGGACAGUGGUUGAAAUGUAUGAAAUUUGUACAAGGUAGUCUUGCCAUAAGAGUACCCCCAUAGUAUCAAUAUUAGUAAACACUGCUGGUUAUUAAACCACCCUGACUAUACUGUCACAAUCAGAAUAAUAUUUGUGAAGUGGUCAGUUCGUUGAUGAAACUGGGUAGCUCUAGAGCAACCUCAUAGGACUGCAUGUCAUAAUAUAGGUUUUUGGGUCAGAUCGCGUUAUUUAUAAAUGUGUCGUAACCCUCCACCACCCGACACGGCCAAACAGUAAAAAAUGUAUCACGUUUUUCAAAGGACAAAAGAAUUCACUUCUUUAGCCCACCGGUGUGUUGAAGAGAGAAUCAACAGCAUUACAAAUUUUGAGUACGACGUUUCGCUGAUAAUUACAAUCAGCUUCAUCGGGAAAGAAUGGUGAAGCUCUCCUGUUGCUUCCGGUGUUAUGAUUUUGAGAAUUUAAUUACCCAACCCCCAAACAAUGUCCAGGAUACAAAACAAGUGACAUGCCAAUAAUACUUGAACAAACUUGGGUAUCUUCUCCCCUUUUGUUUGCCAUUACAUCAGCUCAUGUUGACACUGGGCAUUAUUGUUUUAAGGUUUAUCUACAAUUCAACUUACUCAUCAACAGGUCAUAACAUCCGUUUGUAUUUUCUGCCCACAAGCCAGAAUAAAUAGUUUUCCUUGACCAUUAAAGCGUUGGUCCAGUGCCAGAGAAACUUAGCACUGAUAAAUAGUAUGUUCCAUUGCAUUUCAACAGUCGCACAUUUCUCCUAAUGCAGUGGUUCUUAACCUGGGAUGCACGCACCCCCUGGGGGUCCGAGAUGCCCUUUCUGGGGGUGCGAGACACGGCCAGAUUUUUAAAGAAGGUAAACCAUAGAAAAACAAAUUAAUCGCGGGCACAUAAGUACGGCUACUUUGUUUCAUCAAACCAAAGUAUUAACGAACAUUUUUUUACGAUGGAGAACUAAAGGGGGGAGCAAAGCUGCAGUCAAGGUUAAGAACCACUGUCCUAAUGUGUGGAGAGUUUCCUGAUGCUAUUGGAAUACAAUUCAUGUUUUUGGAUUUAAAACCAGCCUUCCAGGACUGGAUUUGAAACUUUAAUUCUUGAGACUAACUUUUAGGAAUUGAUACCUACCACGUAAAUAUAAAAAAAAAAUACUACGCCAUACAUUUACAAGAAUGUCACCGUCAACGCUUGCUUUCCAUCAUUGUCAGAGGAAAACUUUUUUUACCCUUCCCCACAAGGUCAGAUUAUAACCAUAUGCUCUACCUUCCAAUAACAUCAUGCACCAUUCAUACCAUUCCGCAAUAACAAAGACCAAUUCUGUGGACGUCAGUCCUCACAUUGACAGCCUCAUUAUGAGAUCGGUGUUUCACAUCAUAGGAGGUCCACAAUGAAAUAAUUAAUUCGCAUAUCUUAUAAACAUUCCCUAUUUGAAAAACAUUUUUUUAUUUGAAAAAUAUUUAUCUGCAAGUGUAUUUUUUUAUAAGGCUGUUCACUUCCCCUAACUAACUUGCACAGUGUCUGCCAAGUCCUGCUUUGUAAAUAUAUGUGAAUUACUAGCUGUACUACCCGGCUUCGCCCGGGACUUGGAUCCACCACGCCCGGCCGCCUUUGUCUCCCAAGUGCCGAUGUUAAUACGCCACACCGGUUACUCGUUUGAGGCUGAGUCGACCUAGGGGAGGUUCAAAUAAUCGUCACCGGUGGUGGCCGUGAGCGGGAAUCGAACUCGGUUCGCCGGGUUGGUAGCGCAGCGUAGCGUUAAGCACUACACCCACCGCUCCUCACACACCACAUACGCACAGACACACACACAGACACACGCAGACACACACAGACAGACACAGACAGACACACACACACACAGACACACAGACAGCACGCUAAGCACUACACUACCGCUCCCCACACACCACACACGCACACACACAGACACACACACAGACACACACACAGACACAGACAGCACGCUAAGCACUACACUACCGUUCCCCCUACACAACACACGCGCGCGCGUCCAUAGGUACACAUACACGCGCUUGCUGCAGACACACACGACUUUCAGGGUGCGUAAGGC